GUGUGUCCUGAGAUGAACAUGAUAACACGCCCAGCCAGUAUCCAAUCCGUGGAGAGAAACAGGGGCCAUAAACUGUGCAGAUAAGCCCAGGAUGCUCUGUUUGAGUUUCAGUUUCAAAGAACACACCUGCUCGCGGCUCUCAUGGAUUUCUUUGACAGGAUCUGGUUCGCUGUACUGAAGGAUGCACUGAUCGGAAUCGACUGACUUCGGAAACAUUUUUUUAGGUCAGAGACUCAUCCUGUCCAGCCAUGAUCAGUGUGGACUUGCGUGCCCUCACCCAGCCUGUGGGCGCCAUGCGGAUAAUGGAGACCAUCCUCACCUGCAUGUCUUUUAGCCUGGUGGCAGCAGUGGGUUACAUCUCAUCUCCCUACUGGGCGUGGUGUAUGUUUACCUGGUGCUUCUGCUUCUGCUUCACGUUUCUUAUUCUCAUCCUGGAGUUCACAACCGUCAGUGCCAAGUUACCUUUUGCUUGGGAUGAUUUCACCACUGCCUUUGCCAUGCUGGCGAGCCUCAUGUGCCUCGCCGCCUCUGUCAUCUACCCCACCUUUUUCACCUGUAAGACCUGCCACCGCGAGAUCGGUGCCUCUGUGGUGUCCUGGGUCUGCUUCGGGGUGUAUGCAGGUGAGGUGGUUUUGACCCGCCUUCGUCCGAGUGGGCAGAACAGCGGGUUCCUCUCCACGUUGCCUGGCAUUAUGAAGAUGCUGGAGACGUUCCUCGCCUGUCUCAUCUUCACGUCCUUGGAGGACUGGCAGUACUCUGGCUCACCAGAACUGCAGUGGUGCGUGGCAGUGUACUCUUUGUGCUUUAUCUUUGCCAUCAUCAUAAUCCUGCUCACACUUGGACAGCUGACCUCUUACUUUCCAUUCUCCUUUGACAAGCUUGUGAUCGUCUAUAACAUAUUGGCAGCAGUGAUGUAUGUGACGGCUAUGGUGAUCUGGCCACUGUAUAGUUUCCGCACCAAUAAGAGACCCAGUGACUGUGGCCAUCUCUGUGACUGGGAUAAACUGGUGGUGGUCACCUUCAUGACGAUCCUCAACGUCAUUGUUUACAGCCUGGACACCGCCUACUCUAUACGUCUUGUGUUCUGUGUCAGUAACCAGUGAGGCUGCUGCUCAUCAGUAACAUGAACUGAGAACAAACUGUGUCCAGGGUUUGAAUUGUUGUGUUGUUGUGUUAGACAAAAUGUUGUAUGCUAUAUCUAUUUCCUGCUAAGGCUGUCCAUCAAUUAUUAACAAAGAUAAUCAUUACUAUAAUAAAAUAUUGGGUGCCAAGUAUAUA